GAAGGAAAGAAAGGAACCCUAUUGCUAUUUGCUGGUCUUUUUCCUCCACACUCCCAACGCCGUUCUUCCUCCCCUGUUUGGUCCCACACUUUCAUCCUUCUCUUCUACUGAACAACACACUAUUAGUUUUAUGCUCACACAAUAAUAGUAAAGAGCGUUCAACUAGAGCGUAAUGGGAUCCAAAAAUGCAAAUGUGAAGAACCACAAGGACAAAAAGAAGGGUAAAGGUAAUUUGAGUUCCACUCAUUCCGCAGCCAGUGAUGGCAAGGUUAUCAGUGAUCCUCGAUAUUCAAAGGCUCACACUGAUCCUCGGUUUCGUGAGGCUCCAAAACGUGAAACGAAGGUGGCCAUUGACUCUCGUUUCAAUCGCAUGUUCACUCACAAGAGUUUUUUGCCCUCUUCUGCUCCUGUUGACAAGAGAGGCAAGCCCAAGAAAAACCCAACCUCUCAACUUGGUUCUUUGCGCCAUUACUACAAAAUUGAUGAAAAAGUAGAGCAGAGUAGUGAUGAGGAAGAAGAGAAAGAAGAAUUGGUGAAAGCCAAUCGAGUGAAACCAGAGAGUGAAAAUGGAGCCAAGUCAGAAGAAUCCAGUAGAUAUGAGUCAUCAGCUGAGUCAGAAGAGACCAGUGAAUCAGAGUCUGCAUUAGAUACUGAUACUGAUACAGAUACAGAUGAAGGUGCAGAUGAGGAAGUUUAUGAGGAAGAAGCAUUUGGUGUUCAGGAAGACAUAGCAGAGAUUGACAAAGAAACACAUAGGCUUGCUGUUGUUAACAUGGACUGGAGGUAUGUUAAGGCUGUUGACUUGUAUGUACUGUUUAACUCAUUUGUCCCACCUAAUGGAUUGAUCAAAUCGGUAGCUGUCUAUCCAACCGACUUUGGCCUUCAACGUAUGAAAGAGGAGGAAGUUCAUGGGCCUGUUGGUCUAUUUGAUGAUGAAAAGGAAAAAAGUGACGAAGAUAGCAAUAAUGAUGAUAUUUACAAUGAGAAACUGCGUGCAUAUGAAAAGAGCAGGAUGCGGUACUAUUUUGCUUUGGUGGAAUGUGACUCAAGUGCCACGGCAGAUUACAUUUACGAACAAUGUAAUGGUCUUGAGUUCAAACAGUCAUCUAAUGCACUUGAUUUAAGGUUUAUUCCAGACAACAUGGAAUUCAAAAGCCCGCCUCAGGAUGUUGCUACUGAGGUACCUGCAAACUAUGAGGGCAAAGAUUUCUACUCUCGAGCACUUCAGCACAGUAAGGUUAAUCUUUCUUGGGAAGAGGAUGAACCUCUUCGUGUAAAGACCUUGAAUCGGAAACUCACUGAUGAGCAGCUAGCUCAGUUUGAAUUGAAAGAAUUCUUAGCUUCUGAUGAGAGUGAAAGUGAUGAUAGCAAGGAUAAUAAUGAGACAGAUGAUCAGCUUGAUAAAAGGGCAAGAAAACAAGCUAAGUACCGUGAUUUGUUGCUCCAGUCUGGUGUUGAUUCAGAUGGAGGUGAUGAACAUUAUAAUGCCCAGGAUAUGGAGGUCACCUUCAAUACAGGUUUGGAAGAUUUAAGCAAACAUAUUAUGGAAAAGAAGGAUAAAAAAUCAGAAACUGUUUGGGAUGCAUAUUUGAAAAAAAGACGUGAGAAAAAGAAAGCCAGGAAAAAUAAAACAAAGUAUUCAUCGGAUGAUGAUGAUAGUGAUGAUACUGAUCAAGAGGCAACUGAGGAAGCAGAUGACUUCUUCAUUGAGGAGCCUGCUGUUAAGAAGAGGAAGAAGGCACAAGAUAAAGUAGAUGAAGAACAUAAGCCCCAAGAGAUGAAUGGGCUAGACAAAGUGAGCAAGGAGGAGCUUGAACUAUUGCUUGCUGACGAUAAGGGGACAGAUACCAGUCUCAAGGGAUAUAAUCUAAAAUUGAAAAAAGGCAAGGGCAAAAGGAGGGAGAAUGCUAUUGAUGAGGAGAAAAUACCAAUCAGUUCAUAUGAUGAUCCACGUUUUGCAGCUCUUUUCUCACCUGACUAUGCAAUUGAUCCAACUGAUCCACAAUUUAAAAGGAGUGCAGUAUAUGCCAGACAGCUUGCAAAGAAGCAGCAGAAGGAUAAUGCAGAUUCAUCUGCAGAAAGGGAGCAUACAAAACUAAAAGGAAAGCAGUUGUCUUCUGAUGAUUCUGGCAUGAUGAAGAUGGGUGAGGAAGAAGGAUCAGAUGCUUUGAAGUCAAAGAAAGAUGCAUAUGAAUUAUCAUCUUUGGUUAAAUCAAUUAAGAUGAAAUCAAAGCAAAUUCAGUUACCCUCUGAUGUUAUGACAAGGAAAGAUGGAAAAUCACAAAUUAAAGGUAUGAAGAAAAAGAGGCACUAGUUCUCAACUGUAUGAAGUUAUUAAGACCUCUUCUAUAUGUUAUAGAACCCAGUACUGGGAAAAAAAGGAAGUUAGCAGAAUUAUGAAUCAGGUGUAUACAGGUGCCCAAUGGAGGUUCAGUUAGUUUAUUCUUCUGCCAAAACGUCCAAUGUCUUGUUCCUGUCCAAAUCAUCCACUUGAAAUUUUGAACCCGUAUAAUUAGAAUGCUUAAUUCAUUUUGAUUUUGUUGCAAACUACAUGUUGUACGUCAUAAAUUAAUGAGUUUGAUACGGCGUUGAAACCUGCAUCCUUUUUUUGGUUGAGCCA